UUGAAAUAUCUGGGAAUAUCAUCAAUCUGUACAACAAAUCACAUAUAUGGGUUGCGGAACUUACAUGAGGGCGCGAUAUUAUGGCUGAACCACCACCGCCGGCUGAAUCUGACGCUACUGGGAACACCGAUGAGGACUGGCAUAUUUUCGAAAUACUCUGCAAGGAUUUGAAAAUGGACGAAUGUGACGUGGAUGCCACAACGGCGCUGAAGAGCGAGAUAGCCGCUCUACAGUACAAGAGAGACCGCCUGCAAACAGACGUGGACGAGAUGAGGUCCCAGAUUCGCUCCCGCGACCAGCGAUGUCUGGAUUUGCAAGUGGAGGCCGAUCAGUUGAGAGAGCAGGCCGCUAGGCAAAACGCCAUCAUAGGCUCUCUGAAGAAGCGCGUUCACGAGUUGGAGGAAAGAGAAAGGAACCUAAUAGCAGCGCAAGGACGCCACGAAAUAGCCCUUCAAACCGCUCAUAGGGACGUGAGGUACAACGAAGAGAAAGUUAAAGAGUUAGAAUCCAAGGUCAGAAACUUGGAGUUGGAUUUGCACGCUGAGGAACAGAAGAAAGAAGCCGCCAGGUUGCAGUUUCAAGACUUCGUGAGGAGGUUGUCUGUGGCGUUGGGUUCAGACUUGCUGGACUAUCCCCAUAUUUCUCCAGAGUCGCUAGUCCACAAAGCUUCUGAGCUAGUUCAGGAAACUUCCAGACUAAGAAACAAAGCAAGCAGCAUCCAUGACACUUUGGGAACAGUCGAGAUAGAUCUAAGGACGUGCAAAGAGAACUUGGACAGAUCCAUGGCAGACAAGGAAUGUUUACAGAGGCAGAGCGCGACUCAGAUAUUGGAAAUAGACCGUUUGAGGCAGGAGAAAGAGUCUUUAGAAAUGCAGCACAGAGUCACGGAAAGAGAACUGAGUGAAUUAAAAGAAAAAUUGGCUAUGUCUAGUCGUAGUUUGGGCAGCGCUACUGGGAAUAUUGCCCAACAGGAAGCUAUGAUCUGCCAGUUAAGAGAUGAGGUCAAAAUAAAGGACGAGAAAAUCCAACGCCUUCAGGCGGAAAACAAGCACACCCUGGAAUCGCUGGCAAUAAUCCUGAGCACUCCGUCGCGGUUCGUAGAGUCCUUAGAAUCCUCAAUCAAGGACAGAAUCCACGAAAUCAUAAACGACAACAAGGACAAGACCGCUCAACUGGAAUCACUGCGUGACAAAUUAAACCACGAAAGUCAACAGCUGUCGAGGCAGAUCUCCCUAUACGAGCAAGCGAUGUCAAGGAUUAGAGUCCUCGAGGAUGAAAAGAAUCAUGUUGAAGCUCGUUUGCAUAAGGCAGACGCGGAAAUUAACGCCUGCGAGUUGUCGAGGGAUGGUCUGAAAAGGGAUAAAAACACGUUCAUGAAUUUCUUGGAAUGUCUGGCGAGGGCGCUGAAUAUGGAUGAAAUAUCCCACGAUAUAGGCGUCGAUUUACAUACCGAAUCUCUGCUCCUGCGAGCGGAACAGCUUGCUAGAUUGGAGAGCGAAAAAUUGGUGGAUAAGACUGCUCUGGUGUAUCAGCUUCAGAGGAGGGUCCGAACACUCCGUGAACAGCUGCAGAGGAAGGACCUCCAUUUGGACUUGCUCCGCAGGAAGUUGUCCCUACAGGAGGAUAACACUAAGACGAAGUGCCUCCUGCAGAACGAAAAAGACGAGGCUAAUCUUCGCGUCAAAAAAUUGGUGAAGCAAGUCGACAGGCUCCAGUUGCAGCUGUCAGAAGCCAAGAGUCAGAUCAGGGAUUUGAAUUCUCAGUUGGCGGAGGCGGCAGAUUAUAAGAUCACAUCUUUGGAAAGGGGAAGGAAAAUCGAGGAACUGCAGAAACGACUGAUUGAAUCAGAAUCCCUCAGGACCAAGUACAACAGGAAAGUAACUGUCCUGAAAGAUCAGGUCAGGCAAACUGGUGAGACUAUCGAUCAGGAAAGAAAUAUCAGCGAGCAUUCCAUGCAACUUCUAAGGGAUGAAUUGGCUCGAGUCAAAGACACCCUCUCCGACGUACAACGACGCGAGGCACAGCUGCAAAGCUUCAAGCAUUCCGUUGCGAAGAUCUUGGGCGUAGCCCUGCCGAUGCCUGACUACGAACUCAUCUCCAGGUUGCAGAAGUUGGUGGAUGCUCACCACGACUUCACUCUGGUUUCUCGAAGAUACGACGAUCCUGUUCUGAGGCUGACUGCUAGAAGCCCUACGGGAGGCAGCAGGAUCUCCAGGACUCCGGAUAGGUCACGAUACGAUGAUUCUGGGUAUACAGAUGCUGUCGAUUUAGACGAUAUUGAUGAUGACUUGUUUAAAAGGCAGAGUAGACCUAUAUGACGAGCGCAUUUCAGGGAUUAUUAGAGUUUAAUGCGAUGAUUGACUGACAGGGUUAAUAAACCAAGGAAAGAUUGCUUGAUGUUCCGAGGUGGGUGUUGAUGGGAUUUUAGUUUAGUGGAAGCGUUAGGGCACUGAGAUGAAAAUUGGAUCAUUGAAGGGGUCUCGGUUUGUUGGAAUGAAUGAUUGGCAACUACACGUAUAAGAUUAAGAAAAUAACAAGAUGGCACCUUUGGUAUUACCGAUGGAAUAGAAGCUGAUGACCAAUUUUUACUUAAAAUAGACACAGAAGCCAAAUUUGUUUCAUUUUUUUCAAGGAAAAAGUUGCACAAGUGGUAUUAAAAUCAGUUUUGAUGGAAAGCAAGCUUAACGAACUUUCGUUUGAAGACGAUUAAUAAUUUGUUUUAAUUACUGACAAGCAUGUAGGGCGAAGAGUAAAAAAAAAUAGCUCCACUCCUUUCAUUUGUUUAUUAACCUUUAUUGACUUAAUGUGUUCAUGAUGAUGUCUUCAUGCUCUAAAUAUAGAUUGUCUUUGCACUUUUUGGAGGAUUUGUACACGAAAGAAUUUAAAAAUAAAAAUUUUCCAUAU